CACUUCCGUGUUUACGUCACGUGGGUAAUAUCCCAUAAUGCAACUGCGCGUAUUUCGCCGCACUUGUUGACAUACAGUACCGUACUGUAUAUCUUCCGCAUCUGGAUUUUCCGAGGAUUUUCUUGAACUUCAAAAUGGAUCCACAAUAUGAAUUCCGUCUCCUGCGCCAAAUCAACCAUCAAAAUGACAAGAGUCCUGCUAAACCUGCUGCUUCCCCAAUAUUGUCACCCAGUAAGCUCGGAGACAGGUUCAUUCCCACUCGAGCAGGGGCCAACUGGGACAUCAACUUCCACAGGCUCGGUGUAUGUACUCUGCUACAAAACUACAAAUCAGAAUCAUGAGAGUGUAGCAGCAUGUUUCGUUUAUAGGGAAAAUGAAAAGUCAGCAAAUCAAAACAAGAAAGCCAAGGAACCAUCUUCCGAUAUUGUUAAAGCAGAUGGUUUGACGUACACGACUCUGCUGAAAAAUGAGCUCCUGGGAGCAGGAAUCGAAAAGAUCCAGGACCCUCAGACGGAAGACAGUCAUUUGCAGUUAUUGACACCUGAAAAACAAAGACUCUUCACUUACACACUCGAGCUCAAAAGAGGAUCACCAGCCAACGAAACUAACGUCUCUCCAUACUCAUUAUCACCAGUCAGUAACAAAAGUCAGAAACUGCUGCGAUCACCUAGAAAGCCAACCAGAAAAAUUCCCAAGAUCCCUUUCAAAGUCUUGGACGCACCGGAGCUCCAGGAUGACUUUUACCUUAAUUUGGUGGACUGGUCAUCUCUCAAUGUGCUCAGCGUUGGCUUGGGAACAUGCGUCUACUUGUGGAGUGCCUGUACCAGCCAGGUAACAAGGCUGUGUGAUUUAUCCGUGGAGGGGGACUCGGUCACAUCAGUCGGAUGGUCUGAAAGGGGCAACCUGGUAGCGGUGGGGACUCAGAAGGGCUACGUUCAGAUUUGGGAUGCUGGCGGCGGGAAGAAACUCUCCACCCUGGAAGGACACUCAGCCAGAGUCGGAGCGCUAGCAUGGAAUGCCGACCAACUUUCCUCGGGCAGCCGCGAUCGCAUGAUUCUUCAGAGGGACAUUCGAACUCCUCCACUUCAGUCAGAGAGACGGCUGCAGGGACACAGGCAGGAAGUGUGCGGCUUGAAGUGGAGCACCGACCAUCAGCUGCUCGCUUCGGGCGGCAACGACAACAAGUUGCUGGUUUGGAAUCACUCCUCACUGAGCCCAGCACAAGCUUACACAAAUCAUCUGGCUGCAGUGAAGGCCAUCGCCUGGUCACCGCACCAGCAUGGCCUACUGGCCUCUGGGGGCGGCACGGCUGACCGUUGUAUUCGUUUCUGGAAUACGCUGACAUCACAGCCGCUGCAGUGUGUGGACACGGGCUCACAGGUCUGCAACCUGGCGUGGUCCAAGCAUACAAAUGAGCUGGUAAGCACUCAUGGCUACUCUCAAAACCAGAUCUUGGUGUGGAAAUAUCCAGCGCUCACUCAAGUAGCCAAACUCACUGGGCACACCUACAGAGUUCUCUACCUCGCGAUGUCCCCAGACGGUGAAGCGAUUGUUACGGGAGCUGGAGAUGAAACGUUACGCUUUUGGAACGUGUUCAGUAAAACAAGAUCCACAAAGGAAUCUGUGUCGGUACUUAAUCUGUUUACCAGGAUUCGGUGACAUUGAACAACGAAGCGUGAUUAUCAUUGCUACGUUUCUGCAAUUUAACAUGUUAUUCAGGCAAGCUAGGUUUUGUAGAUGUAGUUCAAGAAAAGACCAUGUAUCAUAAUGAAAGGCUUUAUAUUUUAUUUUCUAAGUGUAUAUUGUUAGUAUUGAGUUGUUUUCACAAUUGUGAAUCAAAGAGGGAACUUUUUGAUUUUGUAAACACUAGUCUACUUUAUUUAACGCACUUGAAAUAUGACAUUGCUUGAUGUUAACACUUAUCAUGGUUUCUGCAGUUUGAGCGAUAAUGUUACCAAGUUGCUGGUCUGAGUUCAGUUUGUCUAAUGCUGUGCAUUUAAAUCAUUACCACAUAGUUGACUCUAUGUAGUAAAUUAAUAAAAUAUAUAUGAUUCACAGUA